AUGGCAGAGGACUUGUCUAAAGGCAAUCGAAGGGAUCCUGGCUGGAAAUAUAAUCAUUUGCAGAAUCCUAAUGACACUACAAGAGUCACAUGCAAUUUUUGUGGAAAAACAACCAGGGGUGGAAUAAAUAGGGCAAAACAACAUUUGAUUGGAAAUUUUAGGAAUGCAGCAAAGUGUUUAAAUUGCCCACAUGAGGUUAGAGAUGAAUUGAGAAAUUACAUGGAGGAGAAAAAAUUAAGAAAGGAAGUCUAUACUAAUGAAUUUUCUGGAUUUGAUGAGUUUGAUUAUCAAGACGAUGUCGGUGGAGAAGAUGAAGUCCAAGAGAUCAUUCAUAAGAAAAGAGGUAGAGGAAGCUUUCCUAGUAGCACUAGUAAGAAAUUGGCCAAAGGAAAGGGACCCAUGGAUGUGUUUCUACAAAUGCAAGGAACACUUAGGCAAGCAAAUAUCAAAGAUUCAUGUGAUAAAGAAGCAAGAGCAAUGACAAUUCAAAAAGUUGCUCGCUUCUUUUACAAUAAUGGGAUCCCAUUCAAUGUUGCUCGCUCAAAAAGUUUUAAGGAAGCAAUUGAGGUUGUAGGAAGGUAUGGUCCAAACUUGAAGCCUCCAAGUUACCACAAAUUAAGGGUUCCGUUACUUAGGAAGGAGGUUGAGUUGACCAAUGAGAUUAUAAACAAACAUAGACAAGAAUGGCUGAAGUAUGGAUGUUCCAUUAUGGCGGAUGGAGGGUCAGAUAGAAAACAAAGAACUUUGAUAAACUUUUUGGUGAAUUCUCUGUAUGGAACAGUCUUCAUGGAGUCGAUAGAUGCUUCCUCAUUUGUUAAGACUGGAGAGAAGUUAUGUGAAUUGCUUGAUAGAUACGUGGAGCGCGUUGGAGAGCAGAAUGUGGUUCAGGUUAUAAGUGAUAAUGGCAGCAACUUUGUGUUGGCUGGUCAGCUCUUACAGAGAAAAAGAAGACACAUAGAAGAUAUCGGGAAGAUUCCAAACAUUAAGAAGGCCCUUCAAAGAGCAAUCGCCCUUAUCGGUUUCAUUUAUGGGCACUCAGGAGUCUUAAAUAUGAUGAGAGAUUUCACAAAAAAUAAAGAGUUGGUGAAAUCUGGGAUUACUCGAUUUGCAUUAAGUUUUCUGACUUUGCAACGGUUGCAUUGUCAAAAAACUAAUUUGCGAGCAAUGUUUACCUCUGACAAAUGGAUGAUUAGUAGAUGGUCUAAGUUACCAAAGGGGAAAUCUAUAGCUCAUACCAUCUUGAUGACAACAUUCUAG